AUGUCUACCCCUCUAUUUUCAAGUAAUGGCUUGCCUGAGUCUCUUCUGGAGCUCACUCAGCUGGCAAAGCCUUCCUCCUAUGCAGAUAUCGCUGCCUUGGGCUUGGUUGCUCUUGGUUCAGUAGGCUAUCUAUUGAGAGGAAUCGCGUGGGACAAACCAGACCCGUAUAACUACAUGUUCUACGAAAGACCACAAGAAAAGGAUUCUGCUGGCAGAAAUGCCCAAAAAGAGACCAGAAACAUAGCUCAGAAACUUGACGAAUCUGAAAAAUCCCUCGUAAUCUUCUGGGGCUCGCAAUCUGGCACUGCCGAAGCCAUCGCGAACCGCCUCGCAAGAGAAUGCCAUCUCCGAUUUGGCCUAAACUGCAUGGCAGCAGACCUCUCCGACUACGACACCGAGACCAUCGCCCUCAUUCCUCAGACAAAGUUCGCCAUCUUCAUCAUGUCGACGUUUGGCGAAGGUGAUCCAAGUGACAACUCUGCUGGCUUGUGGGAGUGGGUGUUGAAGUCUACCGACAUCAAGCUCCAAAACCUCCGAUACAUGGCAUUCGGUCUUGGAAACAGCAACUACAAAUACUACAACCGCGUUAUCGACGUUGUGGCAGAAGCGUUGGACAAGUUCGGCGCCCAGAAGUUGAUGCCAGUAGGCCGAGCGGACGAUGCUACAGGCACCACAGAGGAAGACUUUAUGGGAUGGAGAGACGAGCUCUUCACCGUUUUUCGGAAGGACCUGCAUUUCAAGGAACACGAGAUCGCAUACGAGCCUACGCUAUCGGUGGAGGAGGACGAGUCUCUCGACAUCAUCGACCUACAUCACGGUGAACCAAUGCAUCCACGAGAGAAUGCCAAAUCAGCAGCGAGCUGCUCACCUAUCAAAGCACUCAACAUUGUCUCUUCCCGCGAGCUCUUCACCUCAUCGUCUCGCAACUGUAUCCAUAUGGAGCUUGACAUCAAUGACCACUCAGAACUGCACUACAAGACAGGUGAUCAUCUCGCCGUAUGGCCAACAAACCCGGACGACGAAGUGGAGCGACUUCUCCGUGUACUGGGUCUCUCUGAGCGCCGCGAUAUCCCCGUCAGCGUCAAAUCACUCGACGAAACCGUCAAAGUUAAAGUCCCUACACCAACGACGCUCUCUGCACUCUUCCGCUAUUACCUCGAGAUCUGUGCACCCAUCUCCCGGGACACCAUGGCCAGCCUCGCUCAGUUCGCCCCCAAUCCUGCCACAAAAACCUACCUUACCACCCUCGCCACCUCAAAAGAUGCCUAUGCCGACUUCCUAACCCGCAACUACCUCACCAUCGGCCGUCUCCUCGAAGCCGCUCUCGCCUCCGACACCUCCAGCCCACCCACCUGGCCCACCCUCCCCCUCUCCUGGCUCCUCGAAACCCUCCCGCACACCCAACCGCGCUACUACUCCAUCUCCUCCUCCUCCGCCAUCUCUCCCCGGACCCCCGCCAUUACCGCCCUAGUCACCAGCACACCCCUCCCCUCCAACCCCUCCCAAUCCAUCAACGGCGUCACCAGCAACUAUCUCCUCGCUCUCUCCCAAUCCCACCGCUCCUCCUCCUCCUCCAUCACCCAGCCCGCCUCCUCCAUCUACACCCUCACAAACCCCUCCCUCGCCCUCUCCGGCGACUCCCCCAGUGGCCACAAACUCCACGCCCACAUCCGUAAAUCCAAAUUCAAGCUCCCCCUCUCCGCCCUCACGCCCCUCAUCAUGGUCGCCGCGGGCACCGGCCUCGCGCCCUUCCGUGCCUUCAUCUCCGAGCGCGCACGCCUCGCGGCUGUCGGGAAAGAGGUCGGGCCCAUGGUGCUCUUCUUCGGCUGCCGCGACCCGGCGGAGGACUAUAUCUACCAGGAGGGGCUGGAGGGGUAUGUCAAGCAGUUGGAGGGGAAGCUGAGGGUGGUGACGGCGUUUUCGAGGGUCGGGGGGAAGAAGGUGUAUGUGCAGGACCGCGUAAGGGAGGAGGGGGAUGAGGUGGUGCGGUUGUUGACGGAGGAGGCGGGGAAUUUCUAUGUUUGUGGGCGGGCGAGUAUGGCGAGGGAGGUUGGGAAGGUGGUGCAGGGGGCGGUGGGGAGGGGGAAGGGGUGGGAGGAAGAGGAGGUGAAGCAGUGGAGCGAGGGGGUUAAGAGGAGGGGGAAGUGGGGUGAGGAUGUUUGGGGUUAG